AUGUCGACAGAAGAGCAGGACCCAUUCGUGGGCGAGAAUGGAGAGGAGGAAGAUGACACCUUGAUCAUGGCCCCGUUGCUCGUCGAGAAGCUCCAGGAAUGUGGUAUCGCAUCGACAGAUACGAAAAAAUUGAGAGAGGCGGGCUAUCACACUGUCGAGUCUGUUGCUUUCACACCGAAGAAGCAGCUGUGUACGGUAAAGGGUAUCAGCGAGGCCAAGGCGGAAAAGAUCUUGCAGGAGGCGUGCAAAAUGGUCCCUAUGGGGUUCACAACAGCUACUGAGAUUCAUUCGAGGCGUUCAGAGCUGGUACACAUAACCACAGGAUCCACGGGACUGGAUACAAUUUUGAGUGGUGGCAUUGAAACAGGAGCUAUCACAGAGCUAUAUGGGGAAUUCCGUACCGGAAAGUCCCAGAUCUGUCACACCCUAGCAGUAACCUGUCAACUACCCGUUUCCAUGGGUGGUGGAGAAGGCAAGUGCCUCUACAUCGACACUGAAGGCACUUUCCGACCCGUCCGGAUGCUUGCUGUCGCUGAGCGCUAUGGUCUGAAUGGGGAAGAAGUUCUGGAUAACAUCGCCUACGCCAGAGCAUACAAUGCGGAUCAUCAACUGCAGCUUCUUGUUCACGCGAGCGCAAUGAUGGCAGAGUCCAGGUUCUCACUUCUCAUCGUAGACUCUGCGACAUCGCUCUACCGUACAGACUUUUCAGGUCGUGGGGAGUUGUCCGCUCGACAGACACACCUCGCUAAAUUCCUUCGAACCUUGAUGCGUCUUGCUGAUGAGUUUGGAGUCGCUGUCGUGGUCACCAACCAGGUCGUCGCACAGGUCGACGGCGGGCAGUUUGCCGGAGUCGAUGCAAAGAAGCCAAUCGGAGGAAACAUCAUGGCUCAUGCCUCGACGACACGUCUCUACCUUCGCAAAGGUCGAGGCUCAUCCCGUGUUUGCAAGAUCGUAGACAGCCCAUGCCUGCCCGAGGCAGAAGCCAUUUUUGCCAUCAAUCCAAAUGGUAUUGGAGAGCCCGAAGAGCUCAAAAUGGAGUAG